GGGCGGCCUGUACUGUUGGAUGCUUGUUCACUUGGCUCCUAUUCUGUAUGUAAGCUGCUAGUGAAGAGAGGGGCACAUGUGAACAAAACUAAUCUUAUGGGUAGGACUGCUCUAAUGAGGGUAGCAAUGAAUGGUGAUGAUGAAAUGGUCGACUUCCUUUUAUCAUCAAAUGCUGAUGCUGGAAUGAAGGAUAUGGAUGGUAGCACUGCAGUUGAUUAUGCUAUGCACAUAGAGGUCACAUGUCAACAGCUGGUCGUUUGGUGUUGGCAACUCAAAGAGUUGAAGAUGUUACAGUUAAGCAUCGGCUUCCUGUGUUGCAUUGGGCAUGUAAGAACAAGAGAGAUGAUGUGAUAAAAACAAUUGUUAAGCUGGGAACAGAAAUGAAGGAUGACUGGGGACGAACUUUACUUCACUAUGCUGCUCAGUUUGACAGUCGUGAUGUGGUUGAGCUUCUCUUGGCCAACAAGGCAGAUGCUGAUGCUUCAGACAAGGAUGGUGUCAAGCCUUUUGAUUUUGCCUUCAAUAAUGGUCACAUGUCAAUUGUUGGUCAGUUGUUUUCAUUAAUGCAGUCAGUUGAACAUCUUGUUCUUGAGGAUGUGUGUAAGCUGCUGGAGUGGGCAUGUAGGAAUAAAGAAAUGGAUGUUGCAAGGAAGAUUGCAGAGAAGUUUUGUCAAUCAGUGGAGAAGGAGUCUGGUCGCACUUUACUUCACUUUGCUGCUCAACUUGGUCAUCGUGAUGCAGUCAACUAUCUGUUGGAGAAGAAGGCAGAUGCAGAUGCUACAGAUAAGUAUGGUGUCAAGCCUUUUGAUUUUGCCGUCAAAAAUGGUCACAAGUCAAUUGCUGUUCAGUUAGUUUCAUUAAUGCAGUCAGUUGAACAUCUUGUACUUGAAAAUGUGUGGAAGCUGCUGCAUUGGGCAUGUAGGGAUGAAGAAGUGGAUGUUGCAAGGAAGAUUGCAGAGAAGUUUUGUCAAUCAGUAGACGAGGAGUCUGGUCGCACUUUACUUCACUUUGCUGCUGAACUUGGUCAUCGUGGUGCAGUCAACUAUCUGUUGGAGAAGAAGGCAGAUGCAGAUGCUAAAGAUAAGGAUGGUAAGAGACCAUAUCAACUGGCUGAUGGUGAACUGAGAAGACGACUGAGGAAAGCAAUAGAUAAACAGAAGUAUGCUGUUCUGUUUGCUGAGGGCACAGUGAGACCAGAAAUCAUCAAGUUGUGUUUCAUCGGUUCAGAAGGAGCAGGAAAGACGACACUGAUGGAGGCUCUCAAACGAGGAUGGUUAGAGUGGGUUUUUACAAGUGAGAAUCAAGCAGACGACCCGGAUUGUGAAGAGGAACGCACGAUUGGUAUCAACGUGAUGACAGCCUAUAUUUCAGGAGUGGGUCGUGUUUCACUGUGGGACCAUGCAGGUCAAAAGCAGUUCCACAAAACCCACGGCCUCUUCUUCUCUCCAUCCAACUCGUUGUUCAUCUUGCUAGUGAGUCUAGUGAGAGGAAAGGAGAGACGACUGUGCAGUGUUGAGGAGUUGCGAGAUGAGCUUCAGUACUGGCUCUCAUUUCUCAGAUCCAGUUUGGAUGGAGAGUUUAUACCCACAGUGUUGAUAAUGGCCAGUCGAGGAGAUUAUUAUCGUGAUAGUCAGCGUGUGUUGCAGUACGUGGUCGAUUACAUUCGUGAGCUGUUCAAAGGCAAGAUCAACAUCAUUCAAGAAUGUUUGGUUAUCGACUGCAGGAGGAGUUCAUCUCCUGAAAUGAGAAAACUGAGGAGAGUGUUGCGUGGUGUGAAGCAGCAGCUACAGCAAUCUGCUCUUCUGUAUCCUCGUCUUUGUCAGCCAGUCGUGUCCAAGUUGCUUCCUUCUCUUCGUAAGAAACAAGAAGAUCCAUUCAUGGAGACGGCAACACUCAUGGAGAAGAUCGAGCAGGAAGCAUGUCCAGGACAAGAGAAGAAGGUUGUAGAGAAGGUAGUUGGUUUUCUGGAUGAAUCAGGAGAGAUUGCUGUUGUUGGUGAUGUGGCUGCUCUCAAUCCUGCUUGUCUACAUCAAUAUGCCAUCGGUCCUAUUGUUGCUUCCAAGGAUUUCAAGUGGCAUGUCAAGUCAGAGAGAAAUGAUGGCACAGUAACAAAAGAAGAAGCAAAAACGGCAAUCGAUCAUUACUUGAGAGAUCACAAGAUUGCUGUUCAACUCAACACAGAUAAAGUUCUCGCUAUCAACAAAUCUCUUGGUAUCUGCUUCAAAGUGGAAGGCAGCAACGACACGUACAUGUUUCCAGCUCUCUUGCCUCCUAAGGAUCUGUCUGUCAUGUGGAAGAAAGAUGAGAGUAAGAAAGUGUAUGUCGGUCGACGUCAAGUGUGCAGAAGUCAGACGACCAUCUUCAGUCCAUCUACAUUCUGCAUGUUUCAAUCUACAGUUUGCAUUACUUUGGAUCGAAAGGCAAGGCUGUGGAGGGAUGGACUGAUCUUAUCACAAGGCAAUACAGUUCAUAAUCUCAUUGAGUGUUUGGUGGCCAUGAUAGAUCCUGUUCGUUCUGUCGACUUUGUGUGUCGUGGAGGCAAUCAAACAGAAGCAGAAUGUGUUUCACUGCUGGACACUGUCAUGUCUCUUUGGAGAGAUACGUUAGACAGGUAUAGUCCGGGCACUGAAUAUCAGACUGAAUAUCUGAGCAGAAAGCAUUUAGAGGAACACAAAGAACUGAAACAAGUCCCUACCUACUCUCAGAAGGAGAUCGAUGAAGCAAAAGCAAAGGAAGAAGGAGCACAUGCUGCUGUCAAACAAGUAGUUGGUGAUGAGCUGAUGGUAGAAAGUCUUGGCGACCUGCUGGUUGUUCAACCCAUCAGUCAAUCAGCUCCAGUUUCAUCCAGUGCAGUCUUCAAUGCUGUUAUUGGGUGUGGUUCAUGUCAAUGGUAUUCAUUUGGACUAAAACUAGACUUUAAUCAUGAUCAGAUUGAAGCUUUGUGUCAUGACAAAGUGACUCCUGCUGAUAAAUUGUCUGCAAUCAUCCAAGUAAAGACCAAACAAGUUGGUGAUGUGAAGAAGACGGAUGAUCUGCUGCUGGAGGCAUGUAGACAUUUACCAGAUCCAAUUGAUGGUGCAGUGAAGGAGAAGCUUGGAAUUUAUCAUUAGUCACGUGACUGUAGAAACUAAGCUUGAUAUAUCUAUAGACAGAAUUUAUUAGCAAAAUUACUGUUUUCAAGUGUCACAUUCUGUUUAAAAUAGCAGCAUAUUUGGGCAUGUAGUACCUAGUAAUGAUGGGACUAGCUAAUGCACAUGUACUUAAGGAUUAUUGGCACCCUUAAAACUGAAAACAUUAAAUUCAAGAAACAUUG